CACGAAUGUUUUUCGUCCAGCAUCCUCCACAUGUUUAAAAACACUUUCCAGUCUGGCUUUCUCUCUAUAUUCUACAGUCUUGGCAACGAGCCGUUACAGUUAUGGCACACACAACUGCCAACACAAUCAGUAACUAGCAACACCAAAAAAAGUGAUAAGAGUGGCGACAGCGGCGACGAUAGUAAUAACGAUCUUGAAGAUAAUCAACACGAAUCACAUAUUCUAUGUGUCGACGACGAUCUAAUCAGUUCCAAAGUGAUUGAAUUACUCUCACCCAACUUGUCCGAGACGUACAUUACGUGUCCAGCGAUAAUGGAUCGUACACUGGGGAUCAAACUACCCUUUAUUGUACUGAUUGCAAAGAAUAUUGGCAAAUAUUUCUCAUUUGAAGUCCAAGUUUUGGACGACAAGGGCGAAACGCGACGGUUCCGUGCAUCCAAUUAUCAAGUGGCGACGCGUGUCAAGCCGUAUAUCACCACAAUGCCCAUGCGGCUCGAUCCUGGCUGGAACCAGAUUGUGUUUAAUCUUGCGGAUUAUGUCAAGCGUGCGUAUGGUACAAAUUACGUUGAAACCACACGCGUUACAGUGCAUGCCAAUUGUCGUCUGCGACGGAUUUAUUUUACGGAUCGAUUGUAUGCCGAAGAGGAAUUACCUGCAGAGUUCAAGCUGUUCUUGCCGAUCCAACGAACAGGAUAGAUACCCCUAUCCCUCUCUUGUUCAUUUUCCCUCCUUACACACCCUUGAUAACAAAAUCUUUUCUUCUUCAUUGUUUAUAUUAGAAACAUAAAAGGGUUAUUCUCAAAAAGUACGGACAAUGCAAAGUGUGGUUUUUCGAGUUAUCCCGAGGAAGAUGAAUAUAUAUUUUUAAACUUUAAGAUUGAGCU